CACGUGGUGGGUUCUGAUUGGCUGCUCAGCAGGAAGUGUCUCUGGGAGAGAUGCGGGCUGAAAGCGCCCGGUUCCGGUCAUUCCGGUUUCCUGGGUUUGCUUCGGUCCGUGUUCCCGCAUCACUUGUGGAUGGAAACCAGAACCGCGGCGGGGGUCCGGUUCUGGGUUCUGCUGGGUCUGGUUUCCCGCUUCGCUGGUCUGAAGGAUGACGGAGGGGGUUGGUACGGCGAGUCCGACUUCAGGCUGGAGGACGAGGGGCCCUGCAACCUGGACGUUCUGGACGCCUCUGAGCUGUCACACCAGCAGUUCCUGGACAGGUACGCCUUCAGCCGCCCGCUCGUCCUCAGAGGACUCACGGAUAACACGAGGUUCCGGCUGCUGUGCUCCAGGUCCAGCCUGCUCCGAGACUACGGCUCCCGCAGGGUGAAGCUGAGCACGGCGAACACCCACUCCUACAGGAAAGUGGAGGUUCCCUUCCAGGAGUACGUGGACGUCCACCUGCGGCCGCAGUCGGCAGACGCCCUCGGCAGCGACACGCUCUACUUCUUUGGAGACAACAACUUCACGGAGUGGCAGAGUCUGUUCCAGCAGUACGAGCCGCCGCCGUACGUCCUGCCUCACACCAGCGGCGCCUACAGCUUCGGGAUCGCAGGUGCAGGAACCGGCGUGCCCUUCCACUGGCAUGGUGCGGGUUUCUCAGAGGUCAUCUACGGUAGGAAGCGCUGGUUCCUCUACCCGCCGGAAAGCCGGCCUCACUUCCACCCAAACCGCACCACCCUGUCCUGGCUGACGGAGACCUACCCCCACCUGCCGGAGGACGAGGCUCCGCUGGAGUGCACCAUCCGGCCUGGAGAGGUGCUGUUCUUCCCCGACCGAUGGUGGCACGCCACCCUCAACCUGGACACCAGCGUCUUCAUCUCCACCUUCCUCGGCUGAGCUCCGCCCCCUCUGACGCUGCUGACUGAAGCGAGCGCUUUCCCAGCUGUGACCUUUGACCUGACAGCCUGUUUGACCUCAUGAAUGUCGUGUGAAAAAUAAAAUUGAACAGGAAGUCUGGUGG